CGGACGCAGAAGGGAAAUGGUUGGCAUUGUUGAACAGUUGACAAGUCACAGUUUAAAAAACACAUUUUCUGUCAAGCUGGGACAAGUAACACACCACUCUUAUUGCAGUGAUUGCAUUAUUUGUGACAGCAGGGUACAGAGUUUGAACAAGAUCGUCUGCUACCGCCAAGAGUUGGAUGAGGAAGAAAGGACCAGAGCCUGCAGCAGAAAUGUUGAGAUUGAUGGGUUAGCCGUUGACAUGGACGCCGCAUUUACUGUGAGCCCUUCAAAGUGUUUCUCGAUGCAAGACUUCAUCAAAGCAGACAGCACCAACGGUCUUUUGCAUUGUUACUUUUGCCAAGACACUUUCGAGAAAGUCUACGAUCCCUACACGGACUGCCAGACUAACGUCUCCAAUGUGCCAGUGGACACCUGUCUCGACACCAAUAAGUUUUGCAUGACUCAACGGACAACAGUGAAGGGCAUCACCGUCAGUAUUUCCCGCUCCUGCACAGAUGAGUGUUACUACGGUUGUAUGUUCUACGACUUUGGCGUCACACAGUUUAUCUGCACGUCCUGUUGCAACUACUCGCUCUGCAAUACCGACGCUGGUACAAGGGGAUCACAUCACAUCAUUAGCCCACCGAUCUUAGUGGUCACCGUAGCUGUUGGCCUGUGGACCAGUUGCAUCAUACUGAAGGAAGAGUAUUUGUGGAGGUUACUUUUGUGAAAGUUUUGGCGACUGUUAGAUGGAAGGUGGUCAACAGCAAGAAAUAAAGAAAGAGUGAAGGGUUUAAGUUCGACACGACGUAAGCCACAAACGGCCUUUGAAUUCAGCCGUUUGCCACUUCGUUCUAGUUGGAAUUUGUUACCGUCCGUUGAUUUAUUACAUAAAGCAAUCCUCACGUGAUACCGUGUAUAAAUACUCUUGUAAACGCUACCAAACUGUCGACAAUUACAAUAAUUAUGUAAAAAGAAAAGGUAAAGUUAUCUAAUAACCUAGUUGGAAAAACGAAAAGACUAAGUGUGUACUAUCAUUCACUAUCACCCUAUCUGAAAAAAUGUUUUUGUCAAUGCUAAACAUCUUUCCUGAUAUGCAGACGUGCAUGAACAGAUGAAUUUAUUUUAAGCUCAUCUAUGCAUUUUAUCAGUUCCUUCUUUACCGUGUUUGUUUCUAUUCGCUUUGACUAAAAUUUCAGAUAUAUUGAUUCGAAUUAUAUGCGUGAAAACUAUAAAAUAUAAUAUAAAUGUUAAACUUAGAAGUAUCUUGUCUGUCAAUAUUUCUCUGCAUCGUGAGGUUCAUCGUCUGUUUUGCUACCAUUUGUUUUCACCGUCCACAUAGUCGAACAUCUUCCUCCCAUAAACGAAACAAGACGUACGUAAGAAAUUUGUUAGGCUUGCUGUUUUAUUCUGUUUCAUGGGAAGAAUUCAAUGUUUGGAACAAGUGCAAUGACAGAGGCACCUAUGGACUGUAGUUAUCCUACAGCAAUCCUCAGUGUAAAAUGUUCACUUGUUCGUGAUAUAUUUACACGGGGUAAUCGUCGCCAGUUUCACAUUAAACUUUUCUUGAAAUAAAAGAAUACAACAUUC